UUUGCGGUCUAACAUGAGUCGGUACAAGGCGUGACUAUCGUUGAUAGGCGCGUGAGUCCGAGUUGUUAAAACUCGAAGGUUUUGCACGUCAAAACACCGAGGUUUUACUCGAGAGUUGAGACGUUCACGUCACGUUUCACGUAUUUUGUUGAUAAUCAACUAAGUUGUUUUGUUUUUGUGGCGUCUACUUUGCACCGGCUUCGUGGAGAAUGGAGUGUUAUUAGUGAAAAAAGGAUUAUUUCCCAUCCCCGAGUAUCCAGAGUUCGAGGCGGAGCGCGGCAUGUGGUCAACCGCGCUGGACGUGCUACUAACAACAUUGCGUUACAUCGCGCCCGCGACUCUGCUCACUCUCUUCUGGGGACAGCAGAGCUUCCUGUUCAAGCUCCUGAAGUACAUCGACUCGGCUGUCAGACCUUUGAUAUUUUCGAGUGAAGAACAGAAGCAAACUGUGCUACAAUGGCUUGGAGAAGCGGGCCCAGUCCGAGUGGACAAGCUGGAAGUGGUAUGGAGACAUGGCUGGAUACUGUGCGGGGUGCUGGAUGCAGCUCUGCCAGGAGCCUGCGCCGGACACCCGCCCACAAGACUGUCGAUCAAGCAUGCGCAAUCGAUUGCCGAUAAUUAUCUUGGUGUUGACCCGGUAUUUUCCCGUCAAGAGCUCGAAUCAAAUGAUUCUCUAAGCAGACACCAAGAAUGGAAACUAAUAAAUUACUUAGAAAGCGUUCGGUUGGCUUUAUCCAAACUGACACCAUCGACGCCUAAAUCAACAAACUCGCCAGCCCCGCAAACUACCACCGACGAAGAGGUCACACAAUUUACUCUUGACUACAUCGCUAGAGGUUCAGGUCUGGUAGCAGCACAACUCAAUCACAAAAUAUAUUUCAAAAUAUAUCCAACCGCCCAGCAAUCUUUGGAUCCAGGAGAAAUUAAUAUUUUGAUACACGGGCCUAAAAACACUUACGGGACAACCGUUUUACCACCCAUACUGGGGAAAGCUCAGAUGAUAAGACAAAACCUAUUAGGACUGCAGUCUAAAACAUGUUACACUGAAAAAGUUCUACCAAUUACCCAAGGAACCACAUAUCUUCGGUCAUAUGGUAUUAAUGAUAUGAACAAAACAUUUUACAUCCCAAAAACGAAAUAUGACAUAGACAUAGACAUUGAAUUAAAACAUGAUCAUGCUAGAGUUGGUUACAUUGCAAGCUUAGAAGGAAAAUAUGAAAUAUCAAUAACUAGUAAAGGGCAAAACGUGGUGGGUUCGCCGUUCAAGGUAUCUGUCUCAAACAAUAUAGUAGAAAAUCUAGAACGAGACAAUUUUUGUUUAGAAGACGGUGAAGAAAUAGAUAUUGUUGAUGUUAAAACAGACAGAAAAGUAGUUUUGAGAAUUGUAGAUUUUGUUACGGAAAAAAUGCUGCUAAAUGAAAAUGGUACUUUUGAAAAGAUAAGUGAUGAAGAGGCUCGAUAUCUAAUGCAGACUGAAAAAGUAAAUGUUCUAAGCAAACACGUUGAAGAUAGUAUACAAAAAAACAAGGAAGUAAAAAUUAAAACAAUAUCGAAUAACUUUUAUCAAAUAGCAAAACGAGUUUUAACUUUAUGCCGCAUUUGUAAAAUUUUUCAAAACUGUCGUGACAGAAAUCUUAAAAGAAAUGACAAAGAUACUAAUGACUUACGACAAAACCAAGAUAUUCCAGAUAUAUUAAAUUCAACAAUUUAUGAUAGUCAACUCAAGAGUCACACCUUAUUAAAAAACACUAAUAGGAUCAUUGUUCCAGAGAAUAUUUCAGUCUCACUUUUAACUGAACGGCCUAAAACAUUAGUAAAAGAAAAUAAAUUAAUCAACACUUCAGACAUGGAUAUGCAUGAACACAUUGAUAGCCUAGAGAACUACAAUAUAUUAAAAGUAGAUUUUGAAGAUGAUACAAUGUCUAUAGAUACAGUUCAAUCAAAUAAUCCAUUUGUAAAUGACAUAUAUGACCAAAAUUAUACAGUAAAAAAAGGGCUAAGGCCCUUAAUACCGAAGGUAUUCGAAACACAUAAUUCACAAAAUGAACAAACAGAAAAUCUAACAGCAGAGUUAUAUAUCGAUCGUCCGCUUGAAACGAGUAAUCAAAAUAUUAAUCCAUUUAAUGAUGCCACCGAAUUAGAACGACCGAAAACACCAGUCUAUAAAAUAAUUUCUGGAGAGGUGACAAACCGCAAUGAUUCAGUGUACAUCAACCCAGAACAAGCGUUCUUGACCGACGAAAGUACAUGCAGCAGUUUUACAAACCCUUUCCUCAAACAUGAAACUGAAGCCACAGAGUUGUAUGGGGAAAAACCUGAUUUUAUUAUAGGAGCACCAGUUUCUUUACCUCCUGUCAAUUUUGUUCCGUCUGGAAAAACAAAUAUACAAAUAAUGAAGUCAGAAAAGAAAAAUAAAACAAACAAAGAAAACGAAUUAGCGGGUGCUCAUAGUGAAAAGGGUUUUUCAACAAAAGACAGCUCUGUAUUAACAAAAGAGCUCAUGGAUGAUAAUUUUAGCAGUUUAGAUUCAAAUUUGACUCAGGAUAUUAUUAUAAUUCCCCGUACUAGCCCUACUCCUACAACGACCACCCAAUCUCAAUCAAGUAGGGAAACAUCACCCAGAAAAGAAACAUGGGAUUCAGCUUACGUUAGCAUAGACGACAGCAACUGUUUAUCAGAAAACGAAACCUUUAACAAACGAAAGUCACCUUUAUCAGAAGAAUUAUCAAGAAUGGGUCCAGCCGAAAGAGAAAUUUGGCAUAACGAUAGUGAAUUGAAAGAUAUUGCCUAUAUAGACGAAGAUCACAGAUUAUACAAGCAUGAUCUUAAGCGUCCGGAAUUCACGCCAAUAAUUGAAGAGAACGAAAGAAAUAUAACAUCUGAUACGAAGGAUGGUACUUAUGGUAAUAAGACUGAUAUUGAUUCAGUGGCAGCUACAUUUUCCGAACUAAACGAUAUUUAUGACGACCUUUAUUCAAAUUCUGAAAACGUUUCUGUAACUACUACUGGAGACGAUAAAUUGCAAAAUUUAGGGAUUGAUUAUACCCUACAAGGAAACGAUAUUCGUGUCAAUUCGGCAUCUGCAUUAUUAGCAGAUGUGAAGAGACAUGCGAAAAAAUUUGAAGGAGAGAUUUCUGAGGUUCAGGUAAAUGCCACUGAAUCAUUUUCAGUAAGUCCAAGCCUUCAUGCCAAAGGUAAUGCAGAUUACCAAGAACAAAAUAAUAACGAUGAAAUACAGUUUGGUGAUCGAAUAUUACAUUCUAACAUAGUAUUAGAGAAGAAAAAAUAUUGGGACGACAGAAUAAGACAAAUCGAAGCUAAAUCAGAAGAAAUUAGACAGUUUCAAAAUAAACGAAGGUUAACAUCGAAACAUCUAAGACGUAACGAUUCUAUCAGCAAAAGAAGAGGCAAAAAAAUAGUCCAACAUCUUUUGAAGUCUGGUCAGGAUGACUAUGAAAUAUAUACGAAAUCGAAUACCGAAAACAUGGACUUCAUUAAAACACAAAAUUAUGUCGAAAAUAUGAAAACUGCUAAAUUUUCAGAAGAAAAUACAACUGCACCAAAUAAUUAUGAUUUAAUAACUUGUUUUGGAAAAAGAUCAGUGAAAAUUAAAAAGGAAUCAACGAUAGAGUCAUUAAACGAGGUAAAAGAAACCAUCAGUAAAUUUGCUAACGUUGAUAUUACUGAUAAAGGUAGUAAUCAAGUGUCAAAUUCCAUUGCAGAACUAAAGCAAGAAUUAUCCGAGAAGGUUUUUCAAGCCUUUGAAACAAGCCCUAAAAGAUUUUUUGGCACAAGUAGAAAGCAUAUUUUAAAUAAGAUUGAUACGUUUUCAGGGACACCUGAUGUUCAAAAACAAUCAGGGAAAGAUAUCAGAUUUGUGAACCAUGAAAGUGGCCUAGUAUCUAGUAGAAUAUCCAUGUUUCAUAAUAUAUCUCAAUCAGAAGAAUUACCGUAUCCACAAAGAAAAAGUACAUCAAUGCAUAACAUUUCUCAUCAAAGCAGUGAAAGAAACACAUCUUUCGAUCGAAUAAAUAGGGAUUCAAAAGAAGAAGUACAAGAAGACAAGAAAGUUACUAGUGAAAUAUUUCUUGACUGCGCUAAUAAUAAUAAUAAUGUAAAAUUAAACAAGAAUAAUCAAGUCCAGAAUAGUUCUCCUUUGAAAGAAAAAAGGGCUAGAUUAAUAAAAAGUGCAAACAAUAAAAGUUUUGAUGAGACUCUGUGUCCCAAGCGUAAUAAUACUGAUAAUGAAAAUAACUAUGUUAAAAGAACAAUAAAAGGCUUUGAUAAACAAAGCAACUCACAAUUUCAAUCUUCAACAAGUAAAUUAAAAUCUAUCAGUAAAUCAGAAAUGGAUAUAUUUAAUAAGACUACUGCUACAAUAUUGGAUCAAGAUUCAGAUAAACAUAAAUCAUUUGAAGAGUUACCGAAAGUAUCUGUUAAAAACUUCAUAUCACUUUAUGAAGAUGUGUCUAAGACUUCAAAUAAUAAGUCAAGUCCGAUAAAAAUCAUUCACAGUAUGAAGCCUGCAGGGUCCUCGAAUAAUCAAAUUCCUAUCUCUACAGAAGGGACGACGAAUAAAGUCAAUGCUAAUGAGACUUCAGCGCAACAACCAUCAUCAUCAUCAUCGACAGCCCAAUUGCCAAACACUGACACAUCAACAAACGGCAAGAAAAUUUUAACAGAAGACACAUUGGUUAUUUCUACCAAUCAAAAUAUAAAUAGCUCUCUUGAUUUCGAAGAUAAGGAAGGAAAGUACUUAAGCCUUUCAGAUAUAGAUGUAGAAAUCAUAGACAACGAUCGAGAAAAGAAAGCAUCUUCGCCUAAAGGGGAAACGGCACAUCUAGAUUACAAAAAUCGUUUUUCAAAGGCAAAGCAAUUUUUUCAAUCCUUGGAAGAACUUAGGGACGAGAGAAGACUAAAGAAACUUGGUCUGAAUUCUUUUGAAGAUAGCAGCUCUAUUGAAUCUCUUGAUAAUAAUAGACGACGUAAAAGGAGCAAUAUCAAAAAAUCUAAUUCCAUGCCGUCAUCUGAAAUUGCAAAAGCCUGGAACCAGCUGCAAGAGCAGAAAGAAGAAAGUAAGAAAUUAGUUAAGAUAUCCGAAAAGUUUAACGUGGACGAUUUGUUCGAAGACGUCAUGGACGGUAGGCUUAGUCGCCAAGGAAGCUUACGAGGUAUACCCCAUAAAAAGGCUGUUCUUGAAACCUUCAGAUCCAUGGAAAAUAUAUCAGAUUGUAAAUUAAAUUCUUAUGAAAUGGCAGAAUCGCAAUUAAAUGAUUUCGCUAAAGAUAACAAAAUUAAAAACGCACAGACUUACCUAAACGAAUAUCCUUAUUUGCCUACAACAGACCCGUCCAAAUAUCAUUCUAGAUUAGACGUAAAUGCUACAGGCUUAAUAACUUUUAAGGAAUUAAGGAAAAUACCUAGGAGAAAUAGUGUGCCAAACGUAAGAUUAAAUCCAACAUUUACAGCUGAUCUUUGAAAUAAUAGUAAUAAUAAGUCUUUAUCCUGUAAUAAUGAUUAAAUAACAGCAGUAUUUAAGAGUACCUAUAUUUUUUUACAAAAAAUCAGGCUAAUUUUUAAUAACUCACUGACAUUUUCCAUAUCAUUUUAAUAAACGCUUUUAUUAAGUUUUAAUUUUAAGGAAUUGUACAAUUUGUUGUACAGAUGUUGAAUCUUACUAUUCUUAUACUAUUUUUUAAGAAAUUGAUGUGACUAUUUAUUCGAUAUUAAAGUUGCCUAUUUUGUUAAA